GAAAGGGCGCUUGUGCAUCACAAAGAUCUCGCACUCGUAUUUCCGUUGUGAGAAACAAACACCCACCGAAAUAACUUUUUUAAAUUAUGAUGAUGAUGAGGAUUGAAUCAGCUUUGGCCGUUCGAUUCCCUGCCGGUGCAAACUUCUGUUCCUCCUCCGCCUUACACCUAGAUUAUCGUCCUACGUGCAGCUCCGAUGAGGUUACUUGUUGCCACGUCACCUCCCGCCGGCUGUUUCGCCGUGGCGGCUUCGACCUAACGUGGGAUAGAUUUCGAAGAAUAAACAGUGGUUCUCUUUUGAGAAGGACUCUCAUAAAGAAUAAGAUUCGAGCAACAGCAGAGCAUUUAGGUUCUGCAUCUGAUCCUACCAAGCAGAACAGAAGGCCACAUUACCAUCCAUUUGAGGAUAUUGGUGAGGCAACAUCUAAAAAUAGCAAUGAUGCUAUACUUUCUGCUGCAGAAACAACUAGGACCAUCAUCAAGGUGAAUAGUAAAGCAACACUGAUGUUUACGGGGAUAAUUAAUGAUGAAGUUCAUGAAAAUAUUAUGUGGCCAGACUUGCCUUAUGUAACUGAUGAACAUGGAAAUGUAUACUUUCAAGUGAAAAGUGAUGAAGAUAUAAUGCAAAGUCUUACUUUGGAAAAUAACUUUGUGCAAGUCAUUAUAGGCUUUGACACAACGGAAAUAAUGAAGGAAAUCGAGUUAUCAGGUCCAUCAGAUAUUGAUUUUGGGAUUGAGGAAAUUGAAGAUGAAGAUAGUGAUGUUGAAGAUGUAGAUGAGGAUGAGGAUGAUCAUGCUGAAGAAGAAGAUUAUGAUGAGGAGUGGGUUGCUGCUCUUGAGGAUGAAGAUGAUCAAGAUGACUCUGAUGAAACACUUGGAGACUGGGCAAAAUUGGAGACUAUGCGAUCCUCCCAUCCAAUGUAUUUUGCCAAAAAGUUGACUGAGGUUGCUUCAGAUGACCCUAUAGACUGGAUGGAGCAACCAUCGGAUGGUUUAGCUAUCCAAGGCCUUAUAAGGCCUGCCUUUGUUGAAGAACAUUCUGAAAUUCAGAAGCAUAUGUCUAGCAAUCAGUCCCGUAGUUCUGAUACAAGUCAGGUUGAGAAAGUUGUGGAAGACAAAUUGGAAGAUCUUGGCAUAAUUAAUGGUCAGAGUAAUGAAUUAGGCUGGUCAGGAGAUAGUUCAACAAUAUCAGAAGAACCAGAGAAAAAGGAAAUCUCAAUAAAUGGGUCUUCAUUUUACAAGUUGGAGAUAGUUAAAAUUCAGCUAAUUACGGCGCAUGGACAUCAGACAGUUGUUGAAUUAGAAGACUUCAAGCAAGCUCAACCUGAUGCUAUUGCACAGUCAGCUGCCAAAAUUAUAUCUUGCCUGAAAGCUGGUGGAGAGAAGACCACACAAGCGCUCAAAUCACUCUGUUGGAGAUGCAAGAGCAUCCAAGUGGAGGAGGUAGCUAUUAUCGGUAUAGAUUCCCUUGGAUUUGACUUGAGAGUUUGCUGUGGCCCCCAAAUCCAAACCUUAAGAUUUGCAUUUAAUACCCGGGCCACUUCAGAGUAUAGUGCUGAGAGACAGCUUAAUGACUUACUGUUCCCAAGGAGCCAUCAAAAGCCACAAAAAAGAACACAGGCUCAUCAAAAUGAAUGCUAAAGUCGUCAUAGACUGUAUCCGGCGUAAGUCUGGAUGCUUUCUUCUAUGUUCCUCGAAGGUUUUUGUAUAUGGCAGGCUUAAAAAAAGAAAAAGAAAAAUCCUUGUGGUCUGCCAUCAAAUGUAUUUGUUCAUGCGGUAAUGAUUAUUGGUGUAUUCUUUUCUUCAAUCAUUUUUCCUUGAUGAAAUGCAAUUUAAUCUGCCAUCAA